AUGGUCCGCAUCUCCACCCUGUCCGGCUUGGCCCUCGCUGCCAGCUCGGCCCAUGCCCUGCCCAGCGCCAACACGGCCCCGAAGCCACAUGUGGUCGGCGGCAAGCCUGGCCGCUUCAGCCUGCCCGCGGUCAAGGUCAAUGAGACCAAGCCUGGCGCCGAGACCCGCGGCCUCAGGAACUCGGUGGACGUGGGGAGCAAUGAUCGGCACCCCCCACAGCCCUUCUACUUGCUCGCCGACAGCGGUGCGCCCAGCCUGACGAUCGAGUCGACGCUGGAGCCGCCGUCGCACCAGGGCAACAUCCCCAAGUACGACCCUACGAAGUCCAGCACGGCCCAGCUGCUGCCGGGCUACACGUACUCGGAGUGCUUCGUCAGCGGCUACUGCGACAACGGCGUCGUGUACACGGACGUCUUCACUAUCGGGUCCAUCGCCGUCGCCAACAUGCCCAUUCUGGUGCAGACCAACAACACCUCGCCGUCCAACGGGAUCCGGUCCGGUAAUCUGGGCCUCAACUUCGACAAGAAUGGCAUGGCGACCCAGCCUACACGGCUGCAGUCCCCCUGUCUGGACCGUCGAUUGGCACCCGUCGACCAGGCCGGCCAGUUAGACUUCGGCUACAUCGACUCGUCCAAGUACACGGGCAACAUCGCGUACGGCGGGGUGACGACGACGGGCGGCGAGUGGACGAUCGAGGUGCAGGGCAUCCAAGCGGGCUACGACGACGCCAAUUUCCGGCCCGGCAAGUUCCAAGUCACGGUCGACACCGGCUCGGGCGGCGGCACCAUCACGCGCGAGCUGGCCAACCUGUACUGGAGCCAGGUGCCCAACUCGAAGUGGAGCGACGCCUACGACAACUUCCUGUACCCGUGCAACCAGACGCUGCCGGACUUCGUCAUCACGCUCGCCGACGGCAACAAGGUCGGCAUCCCCGACGCCGGCCUGCGCUGGAAGGACGAGAACGGCUGGUGCGUCACCUACCUCGCCAUCGGCACCAGCACCGACGUCACCUGGGGCUCCAACUUCCUGGAGCGCUACUUUGUCAUCUUCGACUGGGGCAACUCCCGCGUUGGCCUCGCCCAGAAGACCUACUUCUAA